AUGGAUAUCCCAAUCCGCCGCGUGAUCACCUCCCAUGAUUCCAAAGGCAAAGCCUACUUCUCUUCCGACGAGACUCUGACCCCGUACGACCCGACCACGGCACCCGAAUUCAAAAUUCCAGCCCCAGAUGCAGGCUUCGGUGUAAUUCAGAUCCACCGAUCGCGCGGGUUCCCAGUCGACAACAUGCUCCCGCUAGCUGAUCCCCAUAAGACGCUGGUCCCACUGGCUGACACGAAAGGGCCUUCCUGUCGCAUUUUGGACUUGUACCCUGCCGAGAAGGGAUGGAUGCAUCGUACAUUGAGCUUGGACUAUUUUGUCAUUCUUACUGGCACUGUCGGCUUCAUCACCGAUGGUGGCGCGGAGAAAAUCCUCAAGCCUCAUGACGUUAUUGUUUGCAGGGGAACGAACCAUGAGUGGGUCAAUCGGGGAACGGAUGUUGCUAGGAUCUUUGGUGUUGUUGUACCUAGCCAGGAAAUUGUGACGGAAAAUGGCGAGAGACUGGAGAAGACCGCUGCGGGACCUAUCUUUGAUCCCGAAGAGGAUUGA